CAGGGCACUUGAAGUUAGUCUACAGUUGGGCACACGGGGUUUAAACUUUUCAUUCCGACCUAUUCUGACGACAUUGUGGCACUAAAUUAGACCAUUUGUUUUAGGUUCUUGAAAGCCUGGAGUCGCUUAUUUUUUCAGUUUCAGUUAUUGUUUGAGAAACCGAGGAGGACAUGCCAGCUCAUCACACACUCCUGUCUCAGCGCCAUUUACCGGGCACAGGACGUCCUGCACUUUACAGAAUGACAGAGGGGGAAAUUGCUGUUCUCCACUUGGGGCCAGAGAAAUUUGAGCCCAGCCAUCCUGACCAUACAGCUUUAAAAAGACUCUACUGUAAGAGCGGAGGACACCAUCUCCGAUUACAGCUGGACGGAACUGUCGACGGCAGUCGAAACGAAAACGACUUGAAUACUGUUUUGAGAGUGCAGGCUGUCAGUCUGGGAGUGGUGGUCAUCAAAGGCAAUGAGACUGGACAUUAUCUGGCAAUGGAUAAGAAUGGACGGCUAUACGGAUCGCUUUUGCUUAAUGACGAGUGCUACUUCCUGGAGCAUAUGGAGGAAAACCACUACAAUACAUACAGGUCUAACAAAUACAGAGAUGGGCAGUGGUAUGUGGGACUGAAGAAGGAUGGACGUACUAAAAUGGGACCCCAAACCAGCAUUGGCCAAAAGAGUGUCAUGUUCCUGCCUCGACCAGUAGGGGGCAGUUCAGUGCUGUGAUUCUGAAGGCAGGCUGUGAAAAGGCUUCACCAAGAUCCCUACAGUGAUGGCCUACGUGAUCAAGUUCACACUCAUACAUUGUAAAUACUUUGUACAACAUUGUCACUACACUGCUAUCUACAAUGCAUUAAACUGUCCAAUGCCUUACAGUAUUUCCAGUAGGCCCAUAUGCCAAGUCACAUAACUGACAUUUGUUUUAAAGGUGUUCAGUGUAGGCUGCCUUCUGCCAUUAAUAUUGGUAACCUGUGCAUAGCCAUGCUGCUUAUCAGCAUAUCAGCAUCUUAUUUAUUUUUAUAAAAAUAUAUGUUAUUUAUAAUGUUAUUUAUAUAUUUUUGUUUUUUAGCAUUACAUGUAGAUCAUUAGCAUAAUUUAUAAGAACAAACAUAAUUUUUAAAUUGUGUCAGCUAUUUAUUAAACCAGGAUCAAGUUUAUAUUUAAGGGAAAUCAGAUGGUAUUUUGACCAAACAAUCGAAAAGGUGGCAUUAACCUUUUUCUUGUGUAAUACAUAUUGUAUUCAAAUGUAACUUUCAAUAAAAGCAAUUAUUCAUUUGUA